AUGGAGGAUUCAGAGGAUCUUUCUGAUCCUGAUUAUAAAAUUACUGAUGGAGAAGAUGCUAAUCUCGCAUGGGAUACAGGUUCUAUUAAACCUACCAAGACUGAGUUAGAUCACGCGGCCUCAGGCAAUACUGAUAGGAUCUUGGACCCUCAAGGUGAACCCCUAUUCGAACCUGACGACCUAUGUCAACCAGUGGUCUCCUCAGACCACAUAGCCAAGUAUAUUGCAUCUAGAGUACACAAGCCUUUUGAAAAGGCAAACCAAAAUAAAUUGUCGGCUGAAUGCCCACGCCGAACAGUCCCUGAUGACGCAUGUAAAACGCUAUCAGUCAAUCCUAAAAUCAUUCAAUUCCAGAGUAAGACAGGAUGGAAGCCUAUUAAAGGCUUACAUUUUUCAUUGCAAAACUGUCAGGGCAUCUUGGGCCCAGCAGAAAAGAUUUUUGAAGCAGUAGAGGAUGAUUUAGAAUUAGAUUACACCACCUUAAGUAGUUGGAUCCAGAGAGUAAUCUGUUAA